GGAUCUUGCCGUAUCUUUUGAUCGCGCAACCCACGAACUCCUGGAGCACAAUUAUUGAGACAACAAGCAACAAACAACUACUACUAGUACCGUAAUACAGUAAUAGAAGCAAGCAAUAAGAUGACAUCCACAGAAGGAGAAGAGAGCGUAGUAGAGAAACGCGUGACGACCGCCGAUGGCAAAGUGGAACGUCACGUGACGACGACGAGUACCAAGAUGGUGGAUGGCAAGAAAGUCAUUACCACAACAACGGUAGUCGAGGAAGAAUCAUCGCAAGAAAGAGGACGAGGACGAUCCGUCGGAGGAGUGCUUCGCAAGAUUGGCCGCAGUCUCAGCAAAAAGGCAAGAGCUCGAUCUCGCAGUCAAAAGCGAGGAGGUGAUGAAACAGCAGUCGAUAAAGAAAAAGCCGCCAAAAAAGCAGAAAAAGAAAAGAAAAAAGCCGAAAAGAAGGCGGAAAAAGAAGCCAGAAAAGCUGCCAAAAAGGAAGGCAGAAUUUACAUCAACAAAGACGGAAAAAAGGUCCGAAGAGUCCGAAAAACCGAUAAAGAACCGGAAAAGGAACCAAAGUCAACCAAUGCUACCAAGACAACCUCUUCAGCUUCAUCAUCAGCUUUAGCUAGCAAUGCCAAUGCGACCAAGGAGAAUGCUCCAAUUACAGUUACAGAAGACACCAGCAACAUGCCAGAAUGGAAAAAGAAGGCAGUUCAAGCAGUCAUUCAAAGAGCUCCUGCGCAACCUCUGGUGGUACAAAACUCGGUUGAAAAGGCAGCCAAUACGGGAAAAACUCCAGAAUGGCGUAUUCAAGCAGCUGCAGCAGUGGCCAAUCGAGCUCCUUCUCAGCCACUGGUCGUGCAACAAUCCGUCUCACAAGCCAACAAUCCAGACAGUGUGGCUGCGUGGAAGAAAAAGGCAGAAGAAGCCUGCAAUGUUGCCAAUGUCAAAAAGAAUGAACAAUUGCCUACGCACACGUCCACUGCCACAACCACAACAACUAUCCCUACUACUACUACUACAAGUGCUACUAUUAAUAGCAAAACCACGGUAGUACCGGAAUGGAAACGAAAACUACUCGAAACCAAAAAACAAAAACUGGCAGAACUGGAACGGCUCAAAGCUGAAAUGGCAGCUUACAAGGCACCACCUGCACCUGCUCCGCCACCAACAAAAAAGAAGGAAGUUGUGGAAGAAGAAAUCAUUUACGAAUACAUUGACACAGAUGAUGACGAUGAUGAUGAUGAUGACGAUGAAUACUACGAAGAAGAAAUCAUUGAAGAAGAAAUCAUUGAAUAGUACGAAUAGUACAUGUAGAUAGCUAGUAAGUAGCUAGACUGGCAUACAUAGAGGGAAGCAAUAAUAAAUAUCAAUAGCAUGUUUGUACUGGUAGCGGCUGACUGC